GUGACGACGUUGGGGUCUUUUAUUGUGAAGGUCAGCAGACUCGGAUGUUUUCGGUUAGCUGGGUAACGGCUAGCUGUCCUCCAGCUGGCUUUAGAGUUUGAAAACCUUCCAGCUUUGGGCUCUGCGGACCCUCCAGUCGAUUCUGGUCUCAGAAGUACCGACCCAUGCUGAAGCGCUCGUGACGAAGCUGCUGGACGUUGUUUGUGCACGCGCAUGGUCUCCAUGGCUACAGAAGAGUUCUACGAGGUGGAGAGGAUCGUUGCUAAGAGGAAGAAUAAGAAGGGAAAGAUGGAAUACCUGGUGAGAUGGCGAGGCUACAGCUCAGAGGGAGACACCUGGGAGCCCGAGAGUCACCUGUCCACCUGCAUGGCGUACGUGCACGAGUUCAACCACCAGCACCACAGUGAGCAGCAGAGGGAUGUCACUUUACUCCGCUCCACGCGCAGCUCACCCAGCCCCGCCCACAAAUUGCUCUUCAGGUCACAGGCUAACAGCGGAGCUGGUGGUGAUGCCAGCGGGCGUUUAACGGGAGACUGUGCGGAGAUGAAAGCUCCCGAUGCUCACCUCGGCCUGGCCGUCCUUCCUGCUGCAGCGCACGGCGGUUCUCAGUACGCUCCUUUAGAAAGUCGUUUUGGCUCCUGUGGUGCAGUGGUGGCUAACACUUCUUUGAUGUCAGAUUCUCUAGCAGGUGCAGCCAAACGCAGUGUGGAUUUUGCAAAGAGUGGCAUAAAAAUCUUAGUUCCUAAAAGUCCAAUGAAAAGCCGCCUGCAUUCGGAGGAGUCGCCCAGUGAAGCAGCUCACAGCCUGGAGGCAGGAGGCCAGGAGGCCCACCUCGUUCCACCGGAGGUUGCCCUGCUGGAGAAACCCUCCACUGUGCAACUGGGGCCUGGGGAGGAAAGAGCCCGCAUGGGGUCACGACCCCGAAACCAGAACCAGAAGGUCCUGUUGUCACCCCGGGUCCCCAUUACGCCCGCUGCUGUCCGCUGCCUCAGCGGCACAGGUAGCUCUGAGAUAAUGGAGGCCAUGUCCACCAUCACUGGGGCAACAGGGAAGCGGCGUCUCGAAGAGCGUUCCACCUUCGACAAACGGCUGCGUGUCAGCGUUCGCCAAACAGAGAGUGCCUACCGUUACCGAGACAUCGUAGUGAAAAAACAAGAUGGCUACACCUACAUCCUGCUGUCAACCAAAAGCUCAGAGAACAACACCCUGAACCCUGAGGUGAUGAAGGAGAUCCAGAGCGCCAUGGCGACAGCAGCAUCAGAUGACUGUAAGCUGCUGUUACUCGGUGCGGUCGGCAGCGUGUUCUGCUGCGGCCUGGACUUCCUUUAUUUCAUAAGAAGGCUGACAGAUGACAGGAAGAAGGAGAGCAUCAGGAUGGCUGAAGCAAUCAGGACAUUUGUCAACACCUUCAUACAGUUCAGGAAGCCCAUCGUGGCUGCCGUCAACGGGCCGGCAGUAGGCCUUGGUGCCGCCAUCCUGCCAUUGUGCGAUGUGGUGUGGGCUAACGAGAAGGCCUGGUUUCAAACGCCGUACACCUCCUACGGUCAGACGCCUGACGCCUGCGCCUCCUUCACCUUCCCCCGGAUCAUGGGCCUCGCCUCGGCCAAUGAGCUGCUGCUGAGCGGCAGGAAGCUAACUGCUCAGGAAGCCUGUUCCAAAGGUUUGGUCUCGCAGGUUCUCUGGCCAGGAACCUUCACGCAGGAGGUGAUGAUCCGAGUCAAAGAGCUUGUGGCCGUCGACUUGCUUGUGCUGCGCGAGUCCAAAGCCCUGAUGAGAAACAUGAGCCGCAGUGCUCUGGAGCAAGCAAACGAGCGGGAAUGUGAAGCCCUGAAGAGGGUGUGGAGCUCGUCGGAGGGCACAGACUCCAUCCUGCAGUACCUGCAGAGGAGACCCGAACUCUGCUAGAAGUCCAGAACCACGGCUCAGCUCGGCGACCUUAAAGUUGGAUCCUCGGUUCUGCUGGAAACAUCACAUGUGACGCGAGAAAUGUUUCUGUGACUCCUUCAGUUGUCAGAGUUCCAAGAGGAGGAUGAGCCGGCACUCGGACUGGACUAGGAUGAGUUUAGCCUCACUUAGUCCCCCACCUGUGACACGGGACCGGUUCUGGAUCUCCUUCAGUAAGAAGCUGAAACUGAUCCAGGUUCUGACCUAUUCUGGACCAGCUGCAGAAUCCUGCUGUGAGCAGAACCAAUGACGUUUAUUUACGUUGUUCAUGCAGCACAAGCAUUUUGUUUCUGUGGUUGGCCAGUUGCUAGCCCCGCCCCCAUGACGUAAGGAGGGAUUUCCUGCUGAACUCUUCUUUAAUAUUAAUAUCACACUAUAAAGACGCUUGUUUAUUUAUUAGAAUAAAACUGGUUUCAGGUAUGAAAACAAAAAAAUGUAAAUAUUCAUAUAAUUACCCACAAAAUGAGUUUACCAUCCAGUGACCAGAACCGUCCCUAAUAAAACGGCACCAUAACGCCAUGUAACAAUGUUCUACAACCCCAGAAGAACACUGUCCACGAUAAUAUGUGACACAUAAUGAACAUAAAAACAUUGUCAUAAUUUUAUUUUUUUUUUGUCACCACAAUUAAUUUUAUGUUGUCUUAUUUUUUCUGGUCAUAUGUAACGGAGGCCAGCAGGUGGUGCUGUGGGGAGGGGGGGGUGAUUUUUCUAUAUUUAUUUUUUCCUGAUGAAUCUAGCUUUUCUGACCUCUGCUUGCUUUUGGGGGGGGUCAGGCGUAAACAACAUGGCCACUGGCUCUCUGCUGUCACCUUUUUGUGGCUUCAUAUCGCUCCAGUCAUCCAUUUAUUUGUCUGGAUGAAAGCAGAGCUCCACCAAAAGGGCCUUUCAAUGAACAGUGCUGACAGUCGCCAUCGUGGAUUUGCGACAGGAAAAAGCAAAACGCUCAGUCUGCGACUCAUAACCACAAAAUUAGCAAAAGCAGACAAGUGCACGACUGAUGUCAUCCUGCUGGGUGGAGGUUUUUAUCAGCGACUGUAUGGUACUGUAUGGUGGGUGGACCUGAAGCGGUCGGCCCGGCAAGACACCCACAGACCCGGUCAGCGAGAGAGACGGAGCUGGCCUGAUUAAGUGGACACGCAAUCCAAAAUUCUUCACUUUUGGAUCUACAGUAAAACACACAUAUAAUCUAUUCAGGUGGACCAUUUUGUCCGUUAUAAUAGAAAUAAAUCCCUUAUACAUAUAAAACGGACAAAAUCUGUUCUAUGGAUGUGAGGGAUUAGUUCGUCAGGAGGCGCUGAACCUGCCUCAUUUAAUGACUGGUUCAAAACUUCAUCUGAAGAAAAAAAUAAAGGCCUGAUUUAAAUAAGCGCCGGACAUUAUGUACAUU